GGGCGCUUGGACGCUGCAGGGCUUCGGAUGGCAAGCAUGGAGUGUCCGCAGUGCCAUCACGUCUCCUCAGAGAAGGCGCCCAAGUUUUGUAGUGAGUGUGGACAGAAGCUGUCUUCUGCAGCCACGGUGCCAGAUUCCAAGAGCAACGCCUUGGUGGUGGCGUCAAGCCCGGAGGAGAAGACUGAGCAUGGACAAGUGCUAAGAGAGGAGGACAGCCUGCAUUGGUCCUCAGGCUCCAGCUGGGAACUGGCAAACCCAGAGGAGCUUGAGUCCGAUGCCUCCUGGACCACUCAGAUGAGUAAAAAGGAGAAGAGGAGGAGGAGGAGACAGAGUGCCGCGCCUUCCUCAGAGGCAGCUUCCUUGGUUUCCACGCCUUCUGGCCUCUGGAGUCUGGAUAUGCCUUCAAGCCCUGGAUCAGAGGACUCAGCCUUGCCCCAGAUCCAAGCCCAGACGGGUGGUGCUGCCAGCCAGCCUGGAGGGUCCCUGGACACAGUGAAGAUGCUGGUGCUGGAGGAUGGCUCUGUGCAUGCUGAGGGCAGCCAUAGCACAGGCAGUGCCACAGAAGGCGGGGCUCAGAGCAACCCUGUUCCCAGUGACCCCAAUACCACUAAGCCCUCAGUGGACAAGGGCCUGCCCGAAGGAGAGGAGUCCGGCCCAGCCCUUUCUGCUGGCGAAGGCCACCCUGAUGCUUCCCCGAAGGUGCCAUUACCUGUGAGCGGGACACAGGCUGCCUCGGAGGUGAGCAGUGGGGAAUAGAAUGGAGGUGGGCCACGGCUUAUGCCCUUGGAUAUGUCUUUUGUGGCCAUUCUAGUGAAGAAGGCUGGGAAAGAAGAAACCAGAGACAGUGCUCAGAAAGAGAAACCAUUGCCUGUGUGUCCUGCUGACUCCAAGGACCAGGAAGCUGACCUCAAGGGCAAGCUGCCUGCCACAGGGAGGAAAAGAGGUGAAACUGGGGACACCCAACAGGAAGACCAGAAGUCAGAAGGGAACAGAAAUUAUUCAGCUGCUUUGAAAAACAAAAAGGAGCAGAAAAACCAGGCUGCCAUCACACCGGAGGUUACAGCGAGCACACUUAACCCAGAGGAUGCAGUCACCGUAUACUUCCACGCCAUCGUCUCCCCUGACUUUGGAUUCAAACCUGACAACCACAGAGUGUGUGUCAGAGGAGGAGAGGGUCUCGGGAGGAAAGGCUGGGAAGAUGCUUGCGAGAUGCACUACACCAAACACCUGCAUGAGCUCGGGUCUCUCAUUGAGGGCAAAAUGGAGAUUCCCAGGCAGAGCCUGAACAAGCCCAUCCCUUACAAGUAUGCCAUUUACCGCGACAGCGACAGCAGCAGGAAGGAUACAGCGGAAUAUGAGUUCAUCUACGAGCAGCCACUGAAGAGAGGCGAGCACGUGAACCGCUGUCUGCGGGUUGUCGCUAACCUCUUGGGGAGCACUGGAGACUGGCAUCAAUACGAUGACAUCAUCUGCAUGAAGCCUGGGAGGUGGCAGCAAGCUAAGAAUCACAUCACCGACGGCACGAGAAAGGAGCUGGUCAAAGGGAAGAAGCGUGCGGCUGCGGUCAUGCUGGACCGCAUCUUCAGUGUGCUCCAGCCCUGGAGCACCAUCAACCUGCAGAGCUUCAUGACCCAGUUCCAGCAGUUUUACUAUGUGGUCCGAAUACCUAUGAUCCACGACGGCCAAGGAAGGCCAUGGUCCAGUCUCCAAUAUGAGGAGAGAGAGGUGGCGUUGAACCUGUGGGAGCACAUGAAAAAGCAGAUGAACCCAUUCCUGGACAGAAGGAGCGAGGCGUCGCUGUCUGCCGACUGCCCUGUGAAGAGUAAACUGAAGUUGGGCCUGACCAUCCUUUUCAUGGUGGAAACAGUUGACUUUGCUGUGCCUACAGGGGAUCUGCCCUCACUGUGUUGCCUCCUUACCCCAAGUGCUGGCUCGCCGGAAGCCCUUCAUAAUGACCUGAGCCCUGUCCUCAGCAAGCCUCAGAUAUGGCGUGCGUACUUGACACAGCUGUGCCACAGGUGCAUAAAGGAGGGCGUCAACAGCUGGCUGGAGACCUUGCCUGUCCUGCACUACUGCAUGCAGCUGUCCACACCACCCAGGAAGGACUCUAAGAGCCAGCGUGAGGACAUCUGGGCAGGCCUUGAAGGAAUCGCCUUCCUACAGUUUCGGGAGAAAAUGCCCACUAAGAGCCAGGCUCUCCAGGUCAUGCAGCGCAGCAUGGAUCUGAUGCACGUGGACAAAUACCUCUUCCGUUCCUGGUUCAGCCUGGUGUCUCUAGAAAGCUUAACUUCCUACUUGGAAAACUCCACAGAGUAUCUGAGUCACGCACCCACUUGGGUCCUGGACUGUUUCCAAGGAGUUUCAUACCGGCUGCAAGGGCUGGGCAAGAUCUCCCACCAAAACAAAAAGGAUGUUGAAAGCGUCUUUAAAAUACUGAUGCACCUUGUGGAAAUUUAUCAGGACACGAUCUUUGGGGACAGCCUGUUACUGACCUACCUGACUGAGUGUCUGACCAUCCAUGAAACUGUGUGCAAAAUCACAGCUAACGUAAACCUCUAUGAGAUUCCUGCCCUGUCUGCUGAGCUUGUCUGCAAAAUGCUUAAGAUCAAACCUCCAGGGGGUACGGAAGAGGGGAUGGCUACACCAGCCAGUGAAGACUUGGUGACAAACAUCUUCCAGGAGACCCUGAGCACCACAAGAAUGUGGCUGCGCAACAUGUUUAAAACCAGCAUGUUCUAUACCAGCCCGACCACUGUCCGGCUUGCCUAUUCUGACGAGAUGGCGGUAUGGCGACGGCUGGUAGAAAUCGAUUUCCCAGAGAAACACAGCUGGAAGGCGACACUGCUGGGAGACAUGGAAGGGAGGCUCAAGCAGGAGCGCCCUCGUUUGCAGAUCUCCUUCUUCUGCAGCAGCCAGUGGCAAGAUGGCGGAGUCCAUGACAGCGUGUCCAGGAGCUUUGAGAAGUGUGUCAUCGAAGCCGUGAACUCGGCCUGCCAGUCUCAGACCAGUGUCCUUGAAGGGCUCACCUGUCAAGAUUUGCAGAAAUUUGGGACCCUCUUGUCUGCCGUGAUAACCAAAUCAUGGCCUACGCACAACGGGGAGGCCGUGUUUGACGUGGAUGAGGUCAUCAGCUACCUGCUCACGUGCCCGGAUGUGCGGCAGCUCUUCAAACUGUGUGGAACCAACGAGAAAAUCAUAGACAGCAUCACUGAGGAAGGCAGGCAGCUGAUGGCCAUUGCUGAGUCUAUGUUCCAAAAGGUGGCAAAGGAACUCGAAAACGGCACCAUUUUGGUUGGACAGCUGGAGCUGAUCCUUGAGCACAAAAGACAGUUUGUUGACAUCUGGGACUUAAAUAAGAUGAGGCUGCCAGUCCAAGAGAAGGCCUGCAAUGUGAAGCACUUGCUGGACAGGAGAAAGGAUGAUUUGCAGUUCCUCAAGCAAGAGAAUAAAUAUGUGGAAAGCCUCCUGAGUCAGUUCAGGAGAGUGAAACACAUUGUACAAGUGGAGUUUGGGAAUCUAGAAGCCACACACUCUGAGGAGCUCAGCAGUAAGAAACUCAAUGAAGCCGUGACGAUAACAGAGGGUACCUCGCCCUCCAAGAGGAAGACACAUUACUGCCUGUGCCCUGAGAUCCGAGAAAUGGCACGCACGCUAGACUCCCUGAAAGACAGCUACAUCUUCCAAGUGUUUUGGAAAGAGAUGGCAGAGGUGCUGAGUCUGAACUUCGGGGAGCUGAAGCUUCUGCUCCCAGCGGCCCACGAGUACCUGUACGCCCCUUGCUAUGAGAAAUUCCACACGCUCUAUGAGAAUCUCAAGUCAGGAAAGAUCACCUUUGCCGAGGUCGAUGUCAUCUUCGGAGACUUUGUAGACAAAUACGACAAACUGGCAGCUGACCUUCAGCUCAUGUGCACUAUGGACCCCCAGGCCCAAAAAGAUUGGAUCCCAGUGUGUGUAGGGCAGAUCAAAGAGUACCACACCCUGAACCAGGCUGUCAACUCUGCCAAGGUCAUCCUGCAGGUCCAAAGGGCUUUGGGCCUGACUGGUGACUUCAGCGUUCUUAACCCGCUGUUAAACUUUGCGGAUUCCUCUGAUAACUUUCGUCAUCAGAAGCUCAGCCAGAUGAGCGUACAGUUCAUCCGGGCCAAGAGGCUGCUCCAGGACAUGAGCGAGCCUCGCCAACGCUGCCUGGAGGAGCUCGCCCGGCAGAUGGAGUUGGUGAACUGGCUGCGCGAGGCCCUGGAGGACAUCAAUGAACUCAAGGUGUUUGUGGACCUGGCCUCCAUCUCUGCGGGGGAGAACGACAUCGACGUGGACCGGGUGGCCUGUUUCCACGAUGCUGUGCAGGGCUACGCCUCGCUGCUGUACAAGAUGGACACAAGCGCUGGUUUCUCUAAGUUCAUGGACCACCUGCAGGAGCUCUGGAGGGCCCUGGACAAUGACCAGCACCUUCCCAAGAAGCUGAAAGAUUCUGCCAGGAACCUGGAGUGGCUGAAGACAGUGAAGGAAAGCCACGGAUCUGUGGAGCUCUCGUCUCUGUCCCUAGCCACAGCAAUCAACAACAAAGGCAUCUAUGUUAUUGAGGCACCCCAGGGUGGCGAGAAGGUCUCCCCAGACACUGUUCUCCGCCUCCUCCUCCCUGAGGACCACGGUGCCCAGGCGCAGCUGCGCAGCUACUCCAUGGAGGAGCUGAGGGAGCUCUUAAAUAAGCUGAUGCUCAUGUCUGGCAAGAAAGACCGCAACAGCAAUGCAGAGGUGGAGAAGUUUUCAGAGGUCUUCAGCAGCAUGCAGCGGCUCGUACAUGCCUUCAUAAACCUGUACUGCGCAGGCAACAUGCUGUUCAGGAACUGGACUGCUGAGGUCCACUGCUGCCCGAGCAGGGGCAUCUCCAUGGACUUUGACUUGCCACUGCUGAGCCAGCUGAAGGAGAGUGGGGACAUCCUUGAGCUCCUGGGAGCCCUCUGCAGGCAGAUGGAGGACUUCCUAGAGGACUGGAAAACAGUAGUCAUCCAGAAGAGGUCCCAACACUUUUACCUCAACUUCUACACAGCUGAGCAGCUGGUCUACCUGAGCAAGGAGCUCAGGAAAUGCAGACCUAGCGAAGCUGCCCUCAUGAUGCUGUGCUUCGUCAAAAGCGAGUGCACUGUCCAGGACCUCAUCCACGCCCUCAGCUCCAGUGAGAGCAAGGCUGCCAGACACAGCCUGAGGGAGGCUGUGAAAAAGCUGCUUGGUCAGCUCCUCUCUGAGGCCAGCCUAACAGGCAAGCUUCGGCUUAUCAUGGGGCAAUCCCUAGUGUGCAUGAACACCUUGCUGUCGGGCUGCCUGGACCUGGAUGCCCUGGGGAGAUGCCUGGCUCAACUGGCCAUGCUGGGAGGGUCUCCUGUGGAGCGGCCACUCCCCAAAGGCCUGCAGGUUGGCCAGCCUAACCUGGUCUUAUGUGGCCACUCUGAGGUGUUGCCGGCCGCACUGGCCAUCUACAUGGAGGCCCCCAGGCAGCCCCUGCCCACCUUUGAUGAGGUGUUGCUCUGCACCCCGGGGACCACAAUUGAGGAGGUUGAACUACUCCUGCGACGCUGCCUCACAGUGGGCUCCCAGGGCCACAAGGUCUACUGCUUGCUGUUCGCCGACCAGCUGAGCUAUGAAGUGGGCUGCCAGGCGGAGAAGCUCUUCCAGGAGCUAUGCACACGGUGCCACCGUGAAGACUACCAGCUGGUGAUCGUCUGUGAUGCUGCCCGGGAGCACUGCUACAUCCCUUCCUCCUUCAGUCAGUACAAAGUCCCGCUGGUUCCCCAGGCCACGAUGCCGGACAUCCAAGCCUACCUGGAGAACCACUACCAGGUCCCCAAGCAGAUCCUGUCAGCCGCAGAUGUAUUCGGAGACCGGAUGUGUGUUGGGAUCAUCACCUCUGAAAGAGCUGGUGUUGGAAAGUCUCUCUACGUAAACACAUUGCAUGAAACGCUGAAAUCAAAGCAAAAUGAUGGAAAGGCGCCUUUAAAAGUUAUUCGGUUGACAGCCCCUCACAUAGACGAGAACCAGGUCCUGAGCUCGCUCCUGCCCUUCUUGAAUGAGUACCAUCAGAAGACGCCCGUUAUAUUCCACAUUGAUGUGAGCACCUCGGUACAGACCGGAAUUCCUAUCUUUCUUUUCAAACUCCUCGUUCUGCAGUACCUAAUGGAUAUAAAUGGGAAAAUGUGGCUUCGGAACCCGCGCCAUUUGUAUGUUGUUGAAAUCACACAAGGGCUCUCAGUCCAGCCAACGAGGUCCUCCAAGCUGAAUGCACAUGCACCCCAAUUCAAGUUCCUUGAUAUCUUCCCCAAAGUCACCUGCCGCCCUCCUAAGGAGGUGAUAGACAUGGAGCUGACUCCCAAGAGGAGCCACAGAGACCCUGGGAUGUGCCUGAGCAAGUUCUGCAGCGCAGCUUUCCAAAGGCCGUACCAGUAUCUAAAACGGUUCCGCCAAAACCAGAACCUUGACGCCUUCCGGUACAAGGAAGGUUCCGUGGAAGGCUCUCCUGAGGAGUGCCUGCAGCUCUUCCUCAUUUACUGUGGCCUGAUAGACCCGUCCUGGUCAGAGCUGCGGAACUUUGCUUGGUUUCUGAACUGUCAGCUCAGGGACUGUGAGGCUUCUGUCUUCUGCGACUCAGAUUUUACUGGAGACACGCUCAGGGGCUUCAAGAACUUUGUGGUGACCUUCAUGAUCUUAAUGGCAAGGGACUUCGCCACACCCACUCUUCACACAUCAGACCAAAGCCCGGGCAAGCACUUGCUCACCAUGGACGGAGUUGCUGAAGAAGACCUCGCUCCCUUCUCCCUUCGAAAGAGGUGGGAGUCAGAGCCCCAUCCAUACGUCUUCUUCAACGGUGACCGCCUGACCAUGACAUUCAUAGGUUUCCACCUGCAGUCCAAUAACAACGGCUACGUGGAUGCAGUCAAUCCCUCGGACGGGAAGGUCAUUAAAAAGGAUGUCAUGACCAAAGAACUGUUUGAUGGGCUGCGGCUUCAGGGAGUGCCCUUCAACAUCGACUUUGACAGCCUGCCCAGACAUGAGAAGCUCGAGAGACUCUGCAUGGCCCUGGGCAUCGAGUGGCCCAGCGACCCCGAUGACACGUACGAGCUUACCACAGACAACAUGCUGAAGAUCCUAGCCAUCGAAAUGCGGUUCCGCUGCGGCAUCCCGGUUAUCAUCAUGGGAGAGACAGGCUGUGGGAAAACCAGGCUCAUCAGAUACCUGAGUGACCUCAAACGUGGUUGUGUUCAGGCAGAAACUAUGACGUUGGUGAAGGUCCACGGAGGGACCACCCCGGCCAUGAUCUACGCCAAGGUCAAGGAUGCUCAGACCACAGCCCUGUACAAUGAUGCCCAACACAAGCUGGACACCAUCUUGUUCUUUGACGAAGCCAACACGACAGAAGCCAUAAGCUGCAUCAAAGAGGUCUUGUGUGACCGGACAGUGGACGGUGAGCGCCUGAAGGGCUCUGGCCUGCAUAUCAUUGCUGCCUGCAACCCAUACCGGAAGCACUCCCAGGAGAUGAUCCUCCGCCUGGAGUCGGCAGGUUUGGGGUACAGAGUGAGCGCAGAGGAGACGGCAGAGAGGCUGGGCUCCAUCCCGCUGCGGCAGCUGGUGUAUCGCGUCCAUGCUCUGCCUCCGAGCCUCGUUCCUUUGGUGUGGGACUUUGGACAGCUGGACAACUCUGCCGAGCAGCUCUAUAUCCGGCAGAUCGUGCAGAGACUGGUGGACUCCACCACAGUGGAGGAGGGGGACACCAGGGUGAUCGCAGCUGUGCUCUCCGUCUCUCAGAGGUUCAUGAGAAAGAAGGAGAACGAAUGUGGCUUCGUCAGCCUCAGGGACGUGGAGCGCUGUGUGAAGGUUUUCAGGUGGUUUCAUGACCGCAGUGAGAUGCUCUUAAGGGAGCUGGGUGACUUCCUCCGGGGAUCCAGUGACCCCAAACAUACUUUUGAGAGAGACCCUGUUCUCUGGUCGCUGAUAAUGGCCGUUGGGGUAUGCUACCAUGCCUCUCUCGAAUACAAAGCACCCUACCGGAAAGCCAUCAGCAGGUGCUUUCCAGAGCCCUACAACGACAGCAAGGUCAUCCUUGAUGAGAUCACUCAUGCGCAGGAUCUGUUUCUGAGGGGGGCGCCCAUAAGGAGCAACAUAGCCAGGAACCUGGCUCUGAAGGAGAAUGUCUUCAUGAUGGUAAUCUGCAUUGAGCUUAAGAUCCCUCUUUUCCUGGUGGGGAAGCCUGGCAGCUCUAAAUCCCUCGCCAAGAUCAUUGUGGCAGAUGCCAUGCAAGGGCAGGCUGCCUUCUCGGAUCUCUUCCGCAGGCUGAAGCAGGUCCACUUGGUGUCCUUCCAGUGCAGCCCUCACUCCACCCCCCAAGGCAUCAUCAGCACCUUCAAGCAGUGCGCUCGCUUCCAGCAGGGCAAGGACCUGCAGCAGUACGUCUCUGUGGUGGUACUGGACGAGGUGGGGCUGGCUGAAGACUCGCCCAAGAUGCCCCUCAAGACCCUCCACCCCCUGCUGGAAGACGGGUGCAUUGAAGACGAUCCUGCCCCAUACAAAAAAGUAGGCUUCGUAGGCAUUUCCAACUGGGCCCUAGAUCCUGCCAAGAUGAACCGAGGCAUUUUUGUGUCGCGUGGCAGUCCCAACGAGAAAGAGCUCAUAGAGAGCGCUGAAGGGAUCUGUUCUUCGGACAGGCUGGUUCAGGAUAGAAUCCGAGGGUAUUUCGCUCCCUUUGCCAAGGCCUAUGAAACAGUGUGUCAGAGCCAGGACAAGGAGUUCUUUGGGCUUCGUGACUAUUAUAGCCUCAUCAAGAUGGUCUUUGCCAAAGCCAAGGCUUCCACAGGGGGGCUUUCCCCACGAGCCAUCGCUCACUCCAUCCUUCGGAACUUCAGCGGUAAAGACGACAUCCAGCCACUGAGCAUCUUUACAGCCAGUCUCCCGGAGGUCAGGUACAAGGAAGAGGUCAGCACCGUGGACCUGAUCAAGGAGAAUAUUUACGGUGGGCUGCAGGCAUCCAGCAGGGGGCUGGACAGUGCCGAGGCCCGUUACUUGCUUGUGCUGACCAGGAACUAUGUGGCCCUGCAGAUCCUACAGCAGUCGUUCUUUGAGGGCCAGCAGCCCGAGAUCAUUUUCGGCUCCAGCUUUCCCCAGGACCAGGAAUACACCCAGAUCUGCAGGAACAUCAACCGGGUGAAGAUCUGCAUGGAGACAGGGAAGAUGGUGCUGCUGCUGAACCUGCAGAACCUGUACGAGAGCCUGUACGACGCGCUCAACCAGUACUACGUCCACCUCGGGGGUCAGAAGUACGUGGACCUGGGGCUCGGCACCCACCGAGUCAAGUGCCGAGUCCACGCCGACUUCCGCCUCAUCGUCAUCGAGGAGAAGGACGUGGUGUACACGCAGUUCCCCGUGCCUCUCAUCAACCGGCUGGAGAAGCACUACCUGGACAUGAACACCGUGCUGCGGGGGUGGCAGAAGCGCGUUGUGUGCGAGUUGCAACAGUGGGCGUGCAACUUCGCAGAUGCAAAAGCGGACCAGUUCACCGCCAGGCACAAGUACAGUCCUGCAGACGUCUUCAUCGGCUACCAUGACGACGCCUGCGCCUCUGUGGUGCUGCAGGCUGUGGAGAGGCAGGGCUGCAGGGAUCUGAGAGAAGACCUCUACCGAAAGGUGUCUGAAGAGGCCAAGCUCAUCCUGCUGGACUGCGCGACACCGGACGCGUUGGUGCGGCUGAGUGGGUCCUCACUGGGCUCGUUCGCUGCAAAGCAACUGUCGCAGGAAUAUUACUACAGCCAGCAGCACAACUCCUUCUUAGACUUCCUCCAGGCCCACCUGCGCAUGGCCCAUCCAGAAUGCCGGGCUGUCUUCACUGAGAUUACCACUUUCUCCAGACUGCUGACCAACCACGACUGUGAUGCCUUGGAAUCUGAGCUAAUGGGAUUGGCCCCAAAGCCAAUGAUCUUGUCUCUGCAGCAGUAUGACACUGAAUGCUCGUUCCUUAAGGACAUCCGAUCCUGCUUAACGAACGCAGCCAGGCGGAAAAUCCUAGUCAUCCAGACGGACUUUGACGAUGGUGUCCAUAGCGCCCAGCUCGUAGCCUCUGCCAAGUAUUCUGCCAUCAAUGAAAUCAACAAGACACAGGGAACAAAGGACCUCGUCCUUGUUUACUUUAUCACCAAACUGUCCCGAGUGGGAGGUGGUGCAUCGUACGUGGGGUUUCAUGGAGGGCUGUGGCGGUCUGUACAUAUCGAUGACCUGCGCAGAUCUGUAAUCAUGGCCUCAGAUGUCACCAAGCUGCAGAAUGUCACCAUCAGCCAGCUCUUCAAGCCAGCGGGCAAACCGGAUCUGGAGGAGAUGGAGACAGAGACCAGCAAGUCAGGGGAAAUGGCGGAGGAAGAAAUGGAAGUGGGCCAUCCAGAGGAGAUGGAGAAGGCCUCUGACCAGGGAGGCUUCGAUUGUUCAGAGCUCCUGGACACCACCAGACUGCUGCGCAGCUGCGUACAGGGUGCUGUGGGGAUGCUGAGAGACCAGAAGCAGAGCGGUGCACGCAACAUGAGGAGAAUCACCAUUCUUCUUGGCCUCUUAAACGAGGACAGCCCAUUCAGUGCCAUGUUUUUGCGGGAAUCUAAGAUGCGCCUCCACGUUCUUCUAAACAAGCAAGAAGAGAACCAGGUCCGCAGUCUAAAGGAGUGGGUCAGCAGGGAGGCUGCAAACCAGGACGCCCUCCAGGAGGCAGGCACCUUCAGGCACACCCUUUGGAGGCGGGUCCAGGAUGUGGUCACCCCAUUCCUGGCAAGCAUGAUCUCUCACAUCGACAGAGAUGGUAACCUAGAGCUGCUGGCGCAGCCAGACUCACCGCCCUGGACCCAAGACCUCUGGAUGUUUAUUUAUAGUGACAUUAAGUUUCUGAACAUCCCUCUUGUGCUGAGUAACACAAGGUCCAAAAACGAGAUGUCCUCCAUCCUGGUGCAGAGCCACAUGAACCUGCUCAAGGAUGCCUGCAAUGCUGUCCCCUUCAGCUGGAGGAUCAGGGACUACCUGGAGGAGCUCUGGGUGCAGGCUCAGUAUAUCACAGACACAGAGGGAUUAUCAAAGAAGUUUGUGGAAAUCUUCCAGAAAACUCCCUUGGGCAGGUUUCUUGCCCAGCUCCCUGUGGCACAGCACCAGGAACUCCUGCAGAGCUACACGAGGGACUUCCUGCUCUUGACCAUGAAAGUGUCUUCUCAGGAGGAGUUAGAGUUUCUGGAGAUGGCCCUGUGGUCCUGCCUCAGUGAGCUCCAGGUGGCUUCAGGAGGGCCCGAGGGCGGGCUGUCCUUGCCCUGGGUGCACCUUGCCUAUCAGCGGUUCAGGAUCCGGCUGCAGAACUUCUCCAGGAUUUUGACCAUCCACCCCCAGGUUCUGCGCAGCCUCAGCGAAGCAGCAGAGAGGCACAGAUUGGCUGGGUGUGAAAUGACACUGGAUGCGUUUGCGGCGAUGGCCUGUGUUGAGAUGCUGAAGGGAGACAUCCUGAAGCCGAGCCCUCAGGCUUGGUUACAGCUGGUGAAGAGUCUGGCUGUGCCACUGGAGCUUGUCUGCUCAGAAGUGUAUUUGCGAGACAGCGGGCACAUGACCAGAUCUGUCAUCCAGGAGGUCAGGGCCCUGUGGAAUCGCAUUUUCUCCGUUGCACUCUUUGUGGAGCACAUUCUCUUAGAGACUGAGAGCCAGAUUCCAGAGCUGGGUCAGCUGGUAACCAAGCAUGUCUUCUUACUAGACAAGUGUCUCCAAGAGGACUCUGACCUCAAGACCUACAGGCCGUUUGCGGCUGUAAUGAAAGUCCUCUGUGACUGCAAGGACCAAGCUGGCAAGACAUUCAGCAGGUUUGGUAUUCAGCCAUGUUUGAUCUGCCAGGAUGACCCACAGGAUCCCGUCUGUCUGCCCUGUGACCAUGUAUAUUGUCUGCCUUGCAUCAGAACCUGGCUCAUCCCAGGCCAAAUGAUGUGCCCCUACUGCUUUACUGACUUGCCAGACAAGUUCUCGCCAACCGUUUCCCAGAGACAGAGGAGAGCCAUCGAGAAGCACGCCCAGUUCCGGCACCUGUGCAACAGCUUCUUCGUAGACCUGGUCUCCACCAUGUGCUUCAAAGACAACACACCCCCUCAGAAGAGUGUGAUCGACACCCUGUUGUCCUUACUCUUCAUACAAAAGGAGCUGCUGAGAGAUGCUUCCCAAACUGCAGAGCACCGUGAACACACAAAGUCUUUGUCUCCAUUUGAUGACGUUGUUGACAAGACUCCUGUCAUCCGCUCCAUGUUGCUAAAACUGCUUCUCAAGUACAGCUUCCGGGAAGUUAAGGAUUACAUCCAGAGCUACCUGACCCAGUUAGAGAACAAAGCGUUCCUAGAGGAAGAUAAGACCGAGCUGUACCUGCUCUUCAUCAACUGCCUGGAGGACUCGGCACAUGAGAAGACAAGUGCUGGCCACAGAAGUCAUGAGCAGGGCCUGAGAGAAGAAGGUCAUUUCCUUAGCACCUACUCCCCAGGAGGGCGAGGCCAGGAGCCUGGCAGUACUGCCUCAGUGGAGCACCUGCAGGAGGUGGCCAGAGUCCGCCUGUGCCUUGACAUGGCCGCUGACUUCCUCUCGGAGCUUCAGGAAGCCUCAGAGCUGACUGAAGAGAAGCGGUGCUUCCUGACGCACGUUGAGCAGUUCUGCGCUCGAGUCAAGAAUGACUGGCACCGAGUGUACCUGAUGAGGAGACUCUCCAGCCAGCGUGGGAUGGAAUUCCUGCAGAGCUUCUUCAGGCAGGGCCAUCCGUGCCAGUGGGUGUUCCCCAGGGAUGUCCUUGCACAGCAGAAGGACCACCCAAGUCAGAUGGACCGAUACCUAGUACAUGGUGAUGAGUACAAGGCUGUUCGUGAUGCAACGGGCAAAGCCAUGCUCCAGUGCAAGACCCUGGACAUUGGGACUGCUCUGACGGCCUGCAGAAGCUCCAAAGCCCAGCAGAGGGUCUACUUACUGCUGGCCUUGUACACAGAGGUGGCUGUGUUGUACUCUUCCAGCGAUGCCAGCCUCCAUCCAGAACCCGAGCAAAUCGAGGCUCUGAACAACUUCAUUAAGGAAAGCCAGCUCCUUUCUGAUGCUAACAUCAGAUGCUUUGCAAAGGCGCUAGUGGGUAACACUCUGCCCCUGCUGCGGGCCAGGUCUGCUAACAGCAGCCUGGAAGGAACAGUGACUGAAAUGGCCAUCCAUGCUGCGGCCAUACUCCUCUGUGGACAAAACAUCUUGGUGCCCCUGAGGGACUUGGCCUUCUCUCCGGCCAAAAUGGCGAAUGCUUUUCUUCCAACAAUGCCCGAAGACCUGAUGGCUCAAGCCAGGAAUUGGAAGGGCAUGGAAAGACUCUCCUGGUACAGUUGUCCCAAUGGCCAUCCGUGCACUGUAGGAGAGUGUGGUCAGCCGAUGGAGGAAAGCUCCUGUCCAGACUGUGGCGCUCGGAUCGGAGGUCUCAAUCACAAGCCGCACGCGGGCUUCCAUGUCAUCAGAGACACUGUGGACAGAACGCAGACCGGCCACGUGCUGGGCCGCCCGCAGUCCAGCGGUGCGGCAGCGGCUUCAGACAGAGGCCUGUCCCCUGUGGCGUUUAUCCUCACCCGGCUGCUCACUCAUUUGGCUAUGCUUGUGGGAGCCACCCAGGAUCCCCAGGCCCUGGUCAACAUCAUUAAGCCUCGGGUCCAGGACCCACAAGGAUUCCUGCAGCAGCACGUCCAGCGAGACCUGAAACAGCUAACCAAGAUGCUCGGCAAGCCUGCAGAUGAGACCGCCAACGUGGUACACCUCAUCCUGUGCAGCUUGCUCAAGAAGCAAAGUGAGGGUGUGUUAACAUUUAAUGCAGAAUUGUCAACCAAAGGAGACAGAAAUGCCUGGGAGAAGGCCUUUGAAACCUUUCUUCUACAUGAACUGGAGCCUCUUGACAGAACCUUGCCAGCCAUAAAUGCUCUUAUCAGCCAGGAUGAACGCGUCAGCUCCAACCUCUUGACCAAAGUCAUCUAUGGAGACCCAGCGACCUUCCUGCGCCACUUGCCCCCCCAAAAUGUGAUUAACUGCUCGAAGAUUUGGAGUUGCAGGAAGACGAUCACAGUGGAGUACCUGCAGCACAUUGUGGAACAGAAAAAUGGCAAAGAGACCGUGCCUGUCCUCUGGCACUUCCUCCAGAAGGAAGCAGAACUAAGGCUGGUGAAAUUCCUGCCUGAGAUCUUGGCCCUGCAAAGAGAUCUAGUGAAACAAUUCCAGAAUGUUUCAGAAGUGGAAUACAGCUCCAUCAGAGGCUUUAUUAGCAGUCACCACUCAGAGGGGCUGAGAAAGCUGUUAAAGCAUCGAAUCACUGUCUUUCUGUCCACAUGGAAUGCACUCAGACAGUCACUGGAGACCAAUGGUGAGAUCAAGCUACCAAAGAAUUACUGCCAAUCCGAUUUAGAUCUGGAUGCUGAAUUUGAGGUCAUCCUUCCGCGGCGACGGGGCCUGGGCCUCUGUGGAACUGCUUUAGUUAGCUACUUGAUUAGCCUACACAAUGAAAUGGUCUACACGGUGCAAAAGUUCUCCGAUGAAAACAACAGCUAUUCUGUGAGUACCUCUGAGGUUGCUGACCUGCAUGUCAUCAGCUAUGACGUGGAGCGGGACCUGACUCCACUGAUCCUCUCCAACUGCCAGUACCAAGUGCAGCAGGGCGGGGAGACCUCACAGGAGUUUGACCUAAAGAAGAUCCAGCGGCAGAUCAGCAGCCGCUUCCUCAUGGGCAAGCCCAGGGUGACGCUCAAGGGAAUACCCACCCUGGUAUACAGACAUGACUGGAACUAUGAAAAUCUCUUCAUGGACAUCAAGGACAAAAUGGCACAGAGCCCACUCCCUAACUCAAUCAUCAGUGCCAUCAGCGGACAGCUGCAGUCCUACAGUGACGCCUGUGAAGCCCUGUCCCUCAUAGAAGUCACCCUGGGUUUCCUGAGCACAGCUGGUGGGGAUCCUGGCAUGAAGCUGACUGCAUACGUCCAGGACAUCCUACAGAUGGGGGAACAGACAACUGUGGUCUUGAAUGCCUUAAACCGUUGUCAGCUGAGGCACACCACUGCCCUCUGGCAGUUCCUAUCUGCACAUAAGUCAGAACAGCAGCUGCGGCUGAAGAAGGAGCUGUUUCGGGAUGUUGAUGUCAAGUACAAGCAGGAGCUCAGUGCGCAGCACGCGAGGCUCCUCAGCACCUUCCUCAAUGAGGCAGGCCUGGACGCCUUCCUCCUGGAGCUUCACGAGAUGAUUAUGCUGAAACUCAGGGGUCCCCAGGCUGAGAGCAGCUUCAACCCCAAUUGGAGGCUCAAGGACACUCUAGUGAGUUACAUGGAGACUAAAGACAGUGGCGUCCUUCCAGAAAUGGAGUCCCAGUUCCCAGAAGAGAUCCUCAUGUCCAGCUGCGUCUCAGUGUGGAAAACAGCUGCCACACGCAGACAGGACAAGCGGCAAGCGAGGUAGAGCAGCUCAGCCUUCCCACCCCCCGCCAGAGCUCCCAGCAUGGGCUGUGGCCUUUGUGUGAGGGCAAGUGUGGGCACAGCACUGGACUCAAAGCUAACACACAGCUUACAAUCUGGGGGAUUUUGAGAGAUAACCCGUUUCUACAUCAUGUGCCUAUUCCAAAACUUCAAGUAUGACGAAACAAAAUUGGCAAUCAGCUGCCUCCUGUACAAUCCAGAAGAAACAAGGGAUUCACAGUAAGGUCACACCCAAUAUUGAACCUUUUACUUGAUG